AUGGCUCAUUGCGUUCGUCGUGGAGAAAACUUUCAUUGUUUUGCAAAGUUAGAUAUUGGUUUAAAUACUUUACUUUCCUGGAAAUGUCUCGAGUGCAAAAUGAUAACUAAAUUUUAUACAAAUCCAUUAAAGCCAGAGACCAAAUUUAAUAUCAAUGAGACUGCUUCGAUAAGUGUGAUUGGUUCUGCAAGUACUUUCGCAGCAUUUCAAACUGUUUUAGCAGUAAGUUAUCGUGGAGGCAGACACGAUGCCCUAGGAGCUUCAGUUGCAGUAAUUGGAUGUGCUACUGGAAAAAUAAUUGAUAUUGAAGUAUUAAAUAAAUACUGUUACACGUGUCGUUAUCAUGAAAAUAGAAAAAUAGAGCCACCUCCUCAUAAGUGCUUCAUGAAUUACGAUCGGAAGAAAAGCUCUUCAAGCAUGGAACCGCAUGCAACUGCUGUACUAUUCAAUCGUAGUUUAAAACUUCAUGGAUUGAUUUACAAAACUAUGGUUUCUGAUGAUGACAGUGCUACAUUAAAAGCAGUACGAGAUUCUGACCCUUAUAAGGCCUUCGGUAUUGAAGUGGAUAGAAUUAAAUGUUCUUUCCAUAUUUUCCGUAGCAUCGGUAAUAAACUAAGAGAAGCUUCAAAAAUUCGUGUUCCAAGUCGACGAGUUCCUGCUGCUGUACGAAAAAGAAUUAAGUUCAGUGGUUUAAGAAUUCGUCAAAUUGUAACUGCUGACAUUGAACGUUUAAGAAAAGAUCUUGAACCUGAAAGCCUCUCAAAAGAUGAAAAAAUGAAAAUUUUUGAACAAAACACAGAAGUAUUGAGGGAAAAUAUUCUGCUUGCUCCGCAUCAUGUUUUUGGCAACCAUGAAAAGUGUCCUCGUGAAUGGUCUUGUGAUACAUCCAAACCGAAUCAUUUGAUAAAAAUAAAACAAUAUGGUUUGUUUGCCCGUGUUGAGAAAAUAGUCACUGAUCUGAGUCAAAAUUCUGUACAUUUAUUACAUUUCCUCAAUACAAAUAUAAUUGAGCAAUAUCAUGGCAUUUUAGCAAAGUAUCUGUCUGGAAAAAGAAUUCAGUAUGGUGGUGCCGAUGAAUUUCAGGACAGAGUUUACAUGGGUACUCUAGACCAGAUGACUUCAGGAUGUCAUUUAUCUAGAUUUUAUAAGUUUUGCAGAAAAAUCGUUCCUGAAAGAAUUGAAAAACUAGAGUAA